AUGGCUUCUUUGAGGAGCCCGUCUUCGCCGACCGACGGUUAUAAAAGAUUCAGUGAUGAUUUUGCAAACACCAGUAUCAACAAUUACGGCUCCAACGUUACAAACAAUCGGACUGGAGAUGGCGCUGGAGACGGGACCCUGGACAUGGGAAGCCGUUCAUCACUCCACACCGGAAUACAGAUGUCGGAGGAUGAGCACUGGGAAAUGAACUAUCACGAAGCCGCCAUAUACUUAGAGGAAGGCCAAAAUAAUGAGAAGUUCGAUUCGCAUCCAUCUAGUCCGGAGGAACUACCAGCAUACCUUCGGGUACACAACCCCUGGUAUCAUGGUUUGGAUCUCUUGGCUUCACUGGUACUCAUAUUGCUGGCCUUCACCGAAGAUCCAGCGGUACCGGCGUUUGAACUACCAGUAUGGGCACACGGUACUAUAGAGCUAUUGGCGCUAACUGUCAUCGGUAUAGAAUUACAUCUUAAGUUAAAAUGGAUUGGAUGGGGGACAAUCUUUAAACAUAAGAGGACUAUGAUCAAGGGAGUCACACUUCUAAUCAUGGUUUUGGAGGCGGUUGUGGUGUUGUGUCGACAGUCUUCUCAUUUCCGUGUGACUAGAGCAUUGCGCCCCAUCUUCUUGGUUGACACCCGUCAUUGCGGCGGAGUCCGACGUUUUAUAAGACAAAUACUGCAGUCCUUACCACCCAUCAUUGAUAUGUUAGGUCUUCUAAUGUUUUUCGUAGCUACAUAUUCAUUGCUCGGUUUCUACUUGUUCUCGGAGCAUGUAGACAACGGUCACUUCCAAACGAUCAGCGAUUCUUUCGUCAGUAUGUUCGUACUGUUGACCACAGCGAAUUUCCCCGAUGUCAUGAUGCCGUCGUAUGCAAAGUCCAAGUGGUACGCGUUGUUCUUCAUUCUGUAUAUAAUUACUGUACUUUACGUACUUAUGAAUUUGAUGUUGGCUGUGGUGUACGAGGCUUUCACUCGUAUUGAACGAGAGAAGUGUCGCGCGUUGUUGCUUCAUCGGCGAGGUGCUGCUCAUAGAGCCUUCCGUCUGCUGGUGUCAAGGAGAGCGCCUCGUGCUGUCCGUCUGCGGCACUUCGCCGGUCUACUAAGACACUACGCGCCGCAUUACAGUGGUCUAGACGUUUAUUUAAUGUUCAAACAGUUGAACAAAUCCGGUUCAGGAGGUCUUUCCCGGUCCGAGUUCAGUCAUGUGUACGAUGUGUUCGCGCUCCGCUGGGCACCGCAGACCGCUCGCGCUCCUUGGUAUAGUGAAUCGCCCCUGGAACCACUCGCACGAGCCGCCGCAGCCGCUGUUAGAUGGGACUACUUUGAAUAUUUGAUUUAUGCUAUAAUAAUCGGCAACGGCGUGUCUAUGAUCCUCCGCGUGUUUGAGGCCGCUGGUGACUUGCAGGACAGCGCACGACUUUUGUGUGCCUCCUGGGAUACGUGGCUGUUCCUUGUCUUAUUCCUUGUGGAAGCUUCUCUCCGUAUGCUGGCGUCGGGUCUGUCCUCAUAUCUUGAAUCCGGGUGGAACGUAUUCGACUUGAGCGUGACGCUGCUGGCUCUGCUUGGAGCUGUGAUGCUGUCUAUAGCACCCAAGCUAUUCAUCGUGGUUAUGUUUAGACCAUUGAGACUUAUGCGGCUGUAUAAGUUAAAGAAGCGUUAUCGUGACGUGUUCGGUACUCUGGUGCUGCUUUCGCCUCUCAUGUCGUCUGCUGGCUGCGUGAUGCUCGUCAUGUACUACUUCUUCGCUAUCGUCGGUAUGGAGCUGUUCGCGGGUUACGACCUCAGGAACUGCUGCGUUAAUACAACUGUGGAAGACUUUUAUAAGUACUCCGAGAACAGCUCCACUCCUCUUGGCUACUAUUACCUGAAUAACUUCGAGAACAUUCUCACAAGUGGCGUUUCACUGUUCGAGCUGACCGUCGUCAACAACUGGUUCAUACUCAUGAAUGCUUACGCGAUUGUUGUGGGGCAGUUCAGUAGAGUGUAUUUUAUGGUAUUCUAUCUAUUCACUAUGGUGGUGUUAACGAUCGUGGUGGCCAGUGUCUUGGAAGCCUUCCGAUUCAGGAUACAGUACAAGAGGAGCACCACUAAGAGAGAUGAGGAAAAACUGCUACACGAGGAAGUGCAUACGUCAUGGGAAGAGGCACAGCGCUUCGGGGCAACUGGAGACUUGGCGGAUGAAUUAAGGGGAUUUCUUCCACCAGGGAUGGAAAUGACAUUCAUCGGUACCAGACCGAGAACGAAGGAAGUUCUACAGAGAAGGAUGUAUCAAUCAGACAUACAGAAGUGGUUGGCAGAUGAAGAUGAUAAUGAUGAUUUGCAGCCCUCUACAACGGCUACGUCUAAUGAUCCGCUGUCACCGCCACUGAUCCAGCAACCAGAUUCAACCAACAACAACCAUCAGAUACGACCCGGUUACCAGUUGUAG